AGUGCCUUCAACAGCGUUUGUCUUAAAAAUAAAUAAAUAUAUAGAUAAUAGAUACUAAUUGAAACAUUACCAAUAACCCUUGAACAGUUGAGCUGUGAAUAGAAAUGGCGGGAAUUAAAUCCUUAGCGGUAAGAGGAAUUCGUAGCUUUGGGCCAGAAGAAUGUGACGAACAACGUAUUUCUUUUGAGAAGCCGCUGACUCUCAUAUUAGGGCAGAAUGGUUGUGGGAAAACUACAAUAAUCGAAUGCUUGCGAUAUGCCAUAACAGGGCAAAUGCCGCCGGGUAGUCGAAAUGAAUGUUUUGUACACGAUGCUAAAGUAAACAGAUCCACGGAAGUUUUGGCUCAAGUCAGGUUGAAGAUUGUUAAUGCUAAAGAUAAACAAUUAGAAGUUUCAAGGUCUAUGAAAGUCACAGCUUAUCAUAACAAGAAACCUAAGUUCCAGACUUUAGACACAUUUCUUUCAGUAGUGGAUGACAAUGGUAAAACAAAGGAUUUAUCUUCAAGGUGCGCUGAUUUGGACUUUAUGAUGCAUGAAGAAUUAGGUGUGUCGAAAGCUAUCUUAAACUCAGUGAUAUUCUGCCAUCAAGAAGAUGCCAGCUGGCCAUUAGAUGAAGGAAAGAAAGUUAAGGAAAGAUUUGAUGAGAUAUUCGAUGCUGAUAAGUACAGUGAUUGUUUUGAUCGUCUCAGGAAAAUAAGAAAAGAAUAUGCCACUAAUAUUAAAUUGUUGGAACAAGGAGUAGCUCAUUUAACUGAAAAAAAACAAGACUUGGAUAAGAAGAAGCUAGACCUUGUGAACACUGAGAGCCGCAUCUCUGAAGCUGAGCUUAGAAUUGCAGAAUUUUCUCAGGACCUGAAACCUCUUACAGAAAAAAUCAAUGCUAUUGAAACAUUGCAGAAGAAUUUAAUAGCUUUUGAAUCCAAAAGGGAUAAAAUUAAAACAAGAUUGGAACAAAAUAAAAAUGCAGAACAAGAUUUAAAAAAAUCAAUUCAAAGUACUUUUGAAGGUUCACUAGCAGACCUCCAGGAGAGUAUAGCUAACUAUGGAGCAACUACAAAAACCAAACAGGCAGAGUUAGAAGAUUCAUACAAGAAGAACUUCUCAUUUAACAAGGAAGAAGAAAGAAUUGCCAAUGAGAAGACAUUAAAUGAAGUAAAAUUUAACAAAUUAAUCUUGUUGGAAAGCCAGAAUCAAGAUAAAAUUGACAAAAGAAAUGUCAUGAUUGUUGAUACGGCCGCACUUGCUGAGUUACAGUUAGAGAAAAUAGAAACAAAUGAACAAGUAGUAAAUGGAAUAAGUUCCAUAAAUGAGAAAAUUGAAGAGUUACAGAGUAAAUUGAAGGAAGAGAAAGCAGCGUCUGAUGUAGAGGAAAAAGAACUUCAGAAACAUAUUGAUGACAGUCGUGACGCUUUGUCGCGUCACAAACAAAAAAUAUCCAAUAAAGAAUCGGAGAUUCAAACAACGAAAAAAGAAAUUGCUAAGAUACAGAAACAAAUAAACGAAGCAACAAAGUCUAAACAAAAAUUAGAAGUUAUAGAAGAAAAAUUAAAAACAGCUGAAGAAGAUUAUGAGAAAGCAGUCAAUGAACUAAAUGCCGAAGAAUGUCAAAAAGAGAUUACCAGAGAUGAAAAACUUAUGGAAGAACAUGAGAAUGAGCUUGAAAAACUUAGUGAAAAGGUUACAGAAUUACAAAAGCAAAGUUCCAAACUGAAGGAAAAGGAUAUGAUAGAAGAGUCAUUCAAACAAAAAGAGAAACAAUUAAAUGUAUUAAAAAAUAAACAUAAGACGGCAAUUACAGAAUUAUUGGGAAGUAUGCCCGAUAGUAACUUUGCUUUAACAAUCAACAAACUCGAAUGUGAAAUAAGGAAUGAAUUGGAUUCAAUGAAGAGCAAGAUAACCGAGAAGCAAAACGAGAUAACGCGGCUGGAAGCGGAUCGCAAGCACACCCGCGAGCAGCUGGGCGAGCGGCGCGACGAGCUGACGCGCGUCGAGGACCGCAUGUACGCGGCGUGCGGCGCCCACACCUACGACGCCGCGCUCGACAGGGCCUCCGCCAGCGUCGACAAGCUGCAGGAAGAACAAAAUGUGCUGCAAUCGUCAAUGUUUAUCAUAACGAAAUAUAAAGGACAAAUUAAAGAUAACAAAUGCUGUCCUUUGUGUAAUCGUGGAUUCGACACUGAAAACGAGGUUACAGAUCUAAUAUCCCAGCUAACAACUCAAGUUUUAAAUGUGCCGGCUAAACUGGAAAAGGUCACAGAGGAGCUACAAAGGGCUUCCGCUAAAAAAGAUGACUUAUUGAGCAUGAGAUCCCUGAACGACAAAAUUGUUAGCCUAAAAGAGAAAGAAAUACCUCAACUCGAAAAACGAUUGAGUGACGUCGAGAAGCAAAUCUCAAGUCUGUCGGAGGAGGUGGAGGAGCUGUCGCUGAGCGCGGCCGAGCCCGAGCGGCGCGGGGCGGGCGCGCGCGCGCUGCUGGGCGACAUGCCGCUGCUCGACCGCAGCGUGGCCGAGCGCGCCGCCGCCGCGCGCGACCUGGAAGCCAUAAAGGCUAAAUGCGCUGACUUCGUUUCGGACAUUUCCCUGGAUGACGCCACAGCCAAGCAGAGCGAGCUCCGUCAGAAGAUCAGUGCGCUGCGGGCGAGCUCGCGCGCCGCGCAGUCGCAACUUAACGCGUACAACAAGCGCCUGCAGGCCGCCAUCGACAAGAGGAAUAAGUUAAAGGAAGAGUUGCUUAAUAUUCAGAAAAAGGUACAAGAACUAUGUAACUUGCAAGAGACACAAAAAGUAAUGGAAUCCAACGUUGAGAAGUUUAUGAAUGAACUGAAAGAGUUCAGAGAAGGUAUAGAGCCCUUAGAAGCAGAACUCAAAGAAAAAGAAAAGACCAAGAGUGAAGUCGUGAAGAAGAACAGGUCUGAAAUAGAUAUGAAACACAGUUUCAUAGUUAAAGUAAUGAAUGCGUAUGAAAAGUUGAGGGCAAUUGAUUUAGAAAUAAGACAGCAUAAAGAAAGAAAUCUUCAGAGAGAAAUGGACAAAAUUAAGGAAGCCAAUGGGAAGUUACUUGCAAGACAAAAGCAAAUAAUGAUUGAUAGAGACACACUUACAAAGAAGAUUGACAGUUUAAAAGAUGAACUAGCUAAGCAAGAGAUUUACAAAAGAAACUUAGAAGACAAUUUGAAGCUGCGUACAGCACAAAAAGAGAUAGAAACUUGUGAAAAAGAUUUAGCAGAUAUUAAGAAUAAACUAAGUGGAGUCAAUGUGGAUAUGAUCUCGGAAAAAGAACCUUUGAUAAUAAAACAAACCAAAAUAUUUAGGGAAAAAGCCCAGACAGAGGGUAAACUUGACGAACUAAAGGAAAGACUAAAACAAAAUAAACUGGAACUAAAGAAAUCACAGAACAAAGACAUUGAAAUAAAAUACAGAGAGAAAUAUUAUGAACUUCACAUUACUAAAGCAAUUGAUAAGGACAUUAGAGAUUACUCUGUUGCUUUAGAAAAGUGUCUUAUGGAAUUUCAUAGAGAAAAAAUGGAAAAUAUUAAUCUCAUAAUUAGGGAGAUGUGGAGAAAAAUAUACAGGGGUAAUGAUAUAGAUUACAUUGAAAUAAAGACUGAGGGUAGUAUGACAGCGGAUUCCGAAAGACGUAAAUAUGAUUACAGAGUGAUACAGUGUAAAAAUGGUGUCGAGAUUGAUAUGAGAGGACGUUGUAGUGCUGGCCAGAAGGUUUUAGCUUGUCUGAUAAUCAGACUGGCAUUGGCAGAAACAUUCAGUUCCAGAUUUGGCAUCUUAGCUUUAGAUGAACCAACUACUAAUUUAGAUCAAGAAAACAUUAAAAGUUUAUGUUCAGCACUUGGUGAAAUUGUCCAAGAAAGAAUGACUCAAAAGAAUUUCAUGUUUGUAAUUAUUACACAUGAUAAAGAAUUUAUUGAAUCAUUAGGAAACAUCGAUAAAGUUACGCAUUAUUAUGAAGUAUCUAGAAAUGAAGAAGGCAAAUCUAGAGUAAAAAAAAUAAGAUUCUCGUAAACGAGUCAACAAUAGUUUUGGAUAUACUUAAAGAAUAUUCAAAUCUAACUUUCUGGGUUUUUUUUGUUAUUAUUAGUUUUUAAGCAGGCAAAGUGCCUUAUAUAUUUUGAAAUAUAAGAACAAGUUAGGUUUUACAGAAAUAAACUUUUUAUAUUAC